CACCAACCCAGUGUGAAAACAAACAUGGCCGCCGCUCCAGCAGACGAACCGCCGGUCUUCAAAAUCCUGGUGUUAGGCGACAUCGACGUCGGAAAAACAUGCUUUAUACACCGAUUCUGUGGGGGAGGAUUUCUAGAGAGCUACAUUUCAACUAUUGGCAUUGACUUUAAGGAGAAAAUGGUCAAAUUGGAUGGUGAACCAUACAAGUUGCAGAUAUGGGACACUGCAGGCCAGGAAAGAUAUCGUACCUUAACUACAGCAUACUACAGGGGAGCUACGGGAAUCUUACUGAUGUAUGACAUAACAGGGGAGACAUCUUUCAUCGACCUGGCAAAAUGGUUGAGAAAUAUUGAACAGAAUUCAUCCACAGAUGUACAGUUAUUACUGGUAGGAAACAAGUGUGACAUGGAGAACAGAGUGGUAGAGCUGGCAAGAGCACAAAAGCUUGCAGAGAGCUUUGACCUGGAGUUGAUAGAAGCCAGUGCCAAGGAAAAUAUUAAUGUGGAGGAGGCAUUUCUAGCAUUGGCAAAGAAAAUGAGUGAAUCGAGAUCACGGAAACUGUCACGAAAACACAGCGCUCGUGAUGUCAUCAGAUGGGACAAGCUCGACCAAUCAGAUGAAGAGUUGAAGAAGAGCAGUUGUAGUUGCUGAUCUUCCAUCCCAAGUGCACCUAAGCUAAUUGUCCUGCAUUUUCACCUAACACCCGGGGCAAGAGCCCUCAUUGUUGAAUAUACAUUAUCUAAACUAUACAGUAUCAGCUACUGUAUACCUUAACUGAAAUUCAGCAGAAAAAUUUUCAAUACAAAAAUUGGACUCACCCUUAACUCUGCAACUAACUCCAGUUUUCUUCACUCUGCUCCUAUGAUGUCACAUUUGCAGUAGAACACAUGCCAUGUGAUUGUAUCAAUAGAAAUGAAGCUUAUGUAUGUUGGUCAGGAAAACCAGUAACUUUAUAAAGACCUUAAUAUUGUGCCAUGCUUUUAUGUCAUUGGGUAUGUUUUAUGCUUUGAUUUCCUUUCCAACAUAUGCCCUUAUGAACCACAGCAGGACAACUUAUGAUGUUGCACAGAAUCCACUUUAGGUUUGUGUGAUUUUGCCGUGAAGAAUUAGAUCAGUAUCAGGGAAUGUCAGGUUGAGCAUUAAGACUGUAUGCACUGGUUUUAUUGUUUCCUAUGCAGUGAUAUUUGUUGCAUGUGGAGUUUGAAGACACAGUGACACUGUAUAUUUUGAUGAAAUUUAACAAGUCUUUUACUUCGUUUAUGAAGGUUAGACAUCCAGGUAAGCAAUAUUUAAAUACAAUUCAAUCUCUAUUGAAGUCUUUUACUUCAUUUAUUUAUUGUUUUGCUAGAGUGUCUGUCUCUUCCUCUUUUUAUAUUUAUAUUUGAUAUGUUUUCUUUUUUGCUUAUACAUGUACUUCUGACAAAACGUAUGUAUUUGCGCACAUAAUUGUUAUCAUUGAAAUAUCUUAAGAACGUAACCAAGUAUGUGAUUUCUUCCUGUGCACCCAUCUAUACACCUGACUGGUAACAGCAUGACUGGAUGUUAGAUUGUAUUUGAUCUAGAAUUCAAAUUGUGAAAAAAGUUUUCCAGUAGAAGGUAGUUCAUUGUUAUAUAUUUUUUUUCAUUUUAUACAAAAUACAUGUCGUCAACAUGACCAAUCAUGUUUUUGAUUUGUAAGUUUGACUUAAAGUUCUUAAUUCAGUUAGCAUGUCAACAUUAAACCUCCAGCAAAUCAUAUUAACUUGAAAAUAUCAGAACUUUUAUUCAAUUCUUAUGAAUUGUUUUACCUAAUGUUAUAUCUUGAGCAUUAUCCAAAUGAAAUGAAAAUGUAUGUACUUAUAAUAUUGUAUGAUGUCCCAAAGAGCCCUUAGACCAAAGGAUAACUGCUUCCAAGAGAUUUAAGGUAUUUUCUGUGUGUUUGAAUAAAGUUUGAGUUUCAACUU